AUGCCAGCUAGUAGAACGCCCAUUGGAACGACCAAGCUGUCAGUCCAGGGCCUUGGUGUUGUCAAAGGUCUAAGCUUCUCCAACAAUAUCCACCAGUUCAGUGGCAUCCCAUAUGCAUCUUUAUCUAAACGCUGGACACGUUCUCAACUUAGGGACUCGUGGCCAGAAGGUUUCCAUGAUGGAACAAAACUCGGAUGCAGCGCACCAAACCCUCCAGAGUACAAUGGACCUGAGGAUAUUCUCGUGCCCGUCGCCAUUGCUCCGCACUUUGAAGAGCCUGUUGAAGAUGAGCUCAACUGUCUUGUAAUGAACAUCACCACACCAUCGCUCUCAUCCGAUGCAAGACUACCUGUUAUGGUGUACAUCCAUGGUGGCUCAUUUCUCUUCGGCGGUGCCAACAAGGGUGUUUUCGACAGCGUCAAUUUCGCAACACACGCCGCGGCGCGCAACACCGCCGUCGUCGCCGUCAACUUUAAUUAUCGCGUCGGCCUCGGAGGCUUCCUCGCUUCAUCAGCAAUCAGGAGAGACAUGGAACGCGACGGUCAACAAGGCGUGGGAAACUUUGGUCUCUACGACCAGCAGGUUGCACUUCAUUGGGUGAAUCGCUACAUUGCUUCGUUUGGAGGUGACCCAGACAAUGUCACUAUAUAUGGGGAAUCUGCUGGAGGAAUGAGUGUUUCCCACCAAAUUGCCGCCAAAGAUCCCGCACCCUUCCAUCGAGCUAUUGCCAUGUCCGGGCAUCUAAACACAAUCCCGACGUGGUCACUGGACCGCCAUGAGAAACAUUACCGUGCGCUCUUGAAAUAUCUGGAAAUUGAUACAGACUCGCCUUCAGCACUUGACCAGCUUCGAGCUGUCCCUCAAGAUAUAAUUGCCGCUGCAACAAUACCUGUCGAGGGUAAUAUGAAUGCUACCGGCAACCCUUGCGACGAUGGUAUCUUCCACAUGUCGAGACCUCACUUUAAUGCUAUUUCUUCUCCUCCGGCGUGGCUCAAGGGUUACAUGGUGGGAGACACAACCGACGAGGCCAUGAUAUUUUCUGACAGCUUGUGCGAGGAGACCUUCAACUCUGUGAGGAGUGGCAUGAUUGCCUUUUUAGGUCAACAUGUCACCGAUGCCAUCCUCAGCCUCUAUGGAAUAACCCCCGAGCUUACGCAAGUCGAAUUACUCAAAGCGCUAGAAGUCAUGACAGGCGAUGCGAUCUUCAAAGCCCAUAACUGGGUUGCCGUUCAUCGCUCUGAGGUCCCUCAAACAUUCGGCUAUCACUUUGACCAAGUAUGCACACACGACAGUAUCUUCAAAGGACAAGCCUAUCACGCCUUGGAUUUAUUGUACCUAUUCCUCAAUUUUGAUGAAAGGUUGACGUCCGGUCAGCAGAAUCUGGCAAGGUCCAUGGCCAGUAAGUUUAUCGACUUUGCUUAUGGUAAGGAUCCAUGGCCUCGCAUCAAUGAGGGAUCUCAGUGGAUGCUAUUUGGCCCGGACGAGACGAGCAAGCUUGUUACUGAAUAUGAGGAUGAAGGGGUUCGCAGAUAUACACGAAUGCAAAAGAUCAUUGAUAUGGGAGUGUUUGAAGAGUUCGUCUUCGCCAUAGACCAUAUUGCUGGUCAGAGAGACAGGAUGGGGACUUUUGAGCGUGAGAAUGAUCACUUGAAUGAUGCGCCAAGCAUUAUCACGUCUGGGCCAGUUUUGAUAAAAGAUGCUGGCAUCAAGGAAGUGGUUGCAGUUUAA